AUGGCGGCCGUGGCAGACGUUUGUGCCGGCCUGGCGCAGCACAAAGCCACUUUAUUACGAGAACUAUGUGAUACAAAUGUUUUAGAUGUACUCGUUAAGAAGGGUAUAUUCAGUUUAAAUGACCUAGAAGCAGUUACCAGUGCUUUGGAUAGUGAUAAGUGUAAUUUCUUUAUAGAAGUUGUUAGUAAACAAAGCGGUGUUAAGUUGCGUGAUCUAUGCGCUAUACUUUACAACGAAUGCCCGAAACUAGCGAAGGAGCUUAUGAAUGAUAAGCCGAGACAUAUCAAUGGAUACAGCAGCCCGAAGGAAAAUAUGAUUUUAAAUCUGCAUCUUAACAGAACUAACCUCCUGAAAGCCCCUAUAAGUCAUAUAUAUAAAUAUAACUUCUGUCAUGGAUUCUUUGGCAGGCGUCCGAAACACAUCCCAGUCGACGCUAGACUGUGA